AUGUUUAAGAGCGUGGUGUGGAAACGUUUUGCGUCUACUGGAGAAUCUGCAAGAACAAAGCUAGAAGAAUUUUUGAUAUAUCACAAGACAGAUGCGAAACUAAAACCAUUCAUUUACCGUCCCAAGAACGCCCAGAUCUUGCUUACUAAAGAUAUUAGGGAUCCAAGGACCAAGGAACCACUAAAGCCAAGAGCGCCCGUGAAGCCGCUGUCAAAACAAACGUUAAACGAUUUUAUUUACUCAAUCGAACCCAAUUCCACAGAAUUACUAGAUUGGUUUAAAAAAUGGACUGGAACUUCGAUAAGAAAGCGUGCUAUUUGGACAUAUAUCUCACCAAUACAUGUUCAAAAAAUGUUAACCGCUUCCUUCUUCACAAUUGGUAAGUAUGCACAUAUGGUUGGACUCCUAUAUGGUAUUGAACACAAGUUCCUCAAAGCGCAAAAUCCAUCUGUAUUUGAUAUUGAGCAUUUUUUUAAUAUCAACAUCAUGUGUGCCUUGCAUCGAAAUAAGCUGAGAAACUACAAAGAUGGUGAUAUUGCUCAGAGAAAACUGCAAGUCGCAUGGAAAAAAGUCCUAAAUAGGAAGAACGAUACUGGGUUAGCUAAUAUUCUCGUGACAACAUUGGGCAGACAGAUCGGAUUUACCCCAGAAUUAGCUGGCUUGGAGCCGGUUCAAAUCAGCCUUCCAGAUAUCCCCACUACUUUGAGUGAUGCCGAACUAAAAGGCUUGUUAAACAAAUACGAAGGAGUAUACUUGAUUUCCAGGACACUCUUGGAUAUAGACCAGAACAAUGCCCAAUAUCCUGAAUUACAACGAUUCAUAUGCCAAUAUCAGAGCGCAUGGGGAGAAUCUAAUGAUCCUUACGACACCUCAUUGAAAUCUCUGGAACAACUGAAAGCUCAAGCUCCACAAGAGACGAUCGAGAAAGAGACAGCAUAG